AUGCUGCAACUCGUUCGCGGCCCGCGCGGUCGCGGAUUGGCCGUGCGACGGGCCGUGCGAGAGGGCGAGGUGCUGCUGGACGAGGCGCCUCUGCUGCUAUACGUCGACGACGAUGUGUGCGACGACUACUGCUCGCACUGCCUGCGGUGCCUCCCCUCCGCUACCAGCCCCGCGGAUGCCGCCGCCCCGCCCUCCCCCCUCCCCUCCGCCACCCCCCUUCGCUGCCCCCACUGCCGCAUCUGUUCCUUCUGCUCCCCCGCUUGCCUCGACCAAUCACAAGCGGCCACUCACACCCCCUUCCUCUGCCGCGCGCUCUCCCGCCUCCCCCCUCGCUCCGCCACUUCAGCUUCCGCCGAUGGUGGGGCAUCCGUGCCACCGCCAAUCAACGAAGAGAGGCCAGAUGACACGUCAGCUGGGGGCGACGCGGACAGCGAAGAGCCGCUGCUGAACAGCGAGGACAGGACAGCUGUCCGUUUUCUAUUGGCUGCGUACGACCUGCUGGUGCAUCCCCGCGCGCUUCCCCCUUUGGCGGAGGCGGUAUGGGCGGAGGAAUUGGCGCAGAGAGCAGGCAGCGGACGGGGCAGUACGGGGGGGGCUGGGAGGGGAGGGGAGGAGGCGGAGGGAAGGGGAGAGAGGGGCGGCGGGAGGAGGGAGUGGAACGAUUGCUUUGCGCUGCUGAUGGCGCUGGAUGGUGGGGACGAGGGAGAGGGGGGGGGAGGCGUGGAUGGGGGGGACGAGGAAGAGGGCGGGAGAGGCGGGGAUGGGCAUGGGGAGAGAUGUACAGAGGCAGUCAAUGCAGCUUCUGUGGCUGCUGCGGGUAAAGGAGCUAGUGCUGGCAGCAGCUGUGCAAAAGCGGUUGGCGCGGCAGGGGACGCGGAGAGCAAGGAGGAAGAGGAGAGGGCGCGGGCAAGGCGGAUGCACGAGGCAGUGCUGCGAGUUACCCACGACUGGGCGUGGCGCGCUGCCUCUACAGCGGCCGCCACUGCCCGCGUUGAGGAAGGCACUGGGGAGGGCGCCGAUGCACGCUCCAUGGGCCCGCCUUCAUGGGAGGUGACGCGUGCGCUGCUGGCUCGAGACACGCGCAACAGCUUUGGCGUGAUGGCGCCGUUCAGCCCGGGGGGAGAGAGGGCUGUGAGGGGGUAUGCGGUGUACGGUGCUGCUUCCCUCGCCAACCACUCGUGCUAUCCCAACGCGUGCAGGAAAGGCUUUGACACUUUUCUUUCUUUCGCCACCUCCGUUUUUUUCGUCCCCUCUCCCUCUUCUGCCCCCUCUCCCUCUUCUGCCCCCUCUCCCUCUUUCACCCCUUCCAUCUUUCAUCCUUUCUCCCUCUUGCAUCCCCUCUUUAACAUCCUCCGCAGGUUUGACUACUUUGACUCCGUGCCUCCUGCCACUGCACUCACCACCACCAAUGGUUUCAGCAGCAGCACGCACAUGCAGCUGCGGGCAAUGAGGGACCUUGAGCAAGGAGAGGAGGUGGUGGUGUCGUACUUCCCCCUGGGCUGGCGCCUGGGGGAGCGCAGUGCACGGGUGAACGAGGAGUACGGGUUUGAGUGUGGUUGUGAGCGGUGUGAGCUGGAGAGACGAAUUGGUGAUGAUGAGAGUGAGGAGGACGAGGAAGGGGAGGAGGAUGGAGAGGAAGCUGAGAAGGAAGAAGCAGAUGAGUCGGAUGGGGGGGAGGAUGCAGAUGGGGAAGGGGAGAGAGUGGCUGGGAAGGGAGUAGCAGACAGGAAGGGCAAAGGGAAAGCAGCAGAGGAGGAGGAUGCUGAUGAGGCAGAUGGUGCUGGUGACGGGGAUGACAGUGACGAGGACGGGGAUGGGCAGGCUGCUGACGUGUCAGAUGCUGAGCUGGCGCACGCGCUGUUCUUCAUGAAGCAUCUGUGUGCCGUGGAGGGGUGUGGCGGCACCAUGGCUGCCAAGCCAGGGAGGUGGAUGGGAGGAGGGGGAGGGGGAGGGGGAGGGGUUGGUGAGGGUGCAGGGGAGUAUGAGGUGGCGGAUGACAUGGAGUGUAACAUGUGCGGUGCGUUACAGUCUCGACAUGAGCUGCUGAACGCUCUGUGCUCUUAG